GAGGUUGAUGCUGCCAUGGCUGCCAGGCCUCAUUCAAUUGAUGGGAGAGUGGUUGAGCCAAAACGUGCUGUAGCAAGAGAUGAGUCUGGAAAACCAGGGGCUCAUGUGACUGUGAAGAAGCUGUUUGUUGGUGGAAUUAAAGAAGAUACUGAGAAACAUCACCUUAGAGAUUACUUUGAAGAAUAUGGAAAAAUUGAUACCAUUGAGAUAAUUACUGAUAGGCAGUCUGGAAAGAAAAGAGGCUUUGGCUUUGUUACUUUUGAUGUCCAUGAUCCUGUGGUUAAAAUUGUGUUGCAAAAAUACCACACUAUCAAUGGUCAUAAUGCAGAAGUAAGAAAGGCAUUGUCUAGCCAAGAGAUGCAGGAGGUCCAAAGUUCUAGGAGUGGAAGAGGAGGGAACUUUGGUUUUGGGGAAUCUCGUGGUGGCGGUGGAAAUUUUGGACCAGGACCAGGAAGUAACUUUAGAGGGGGAUCUGAUGGAUAUGGAAGUGGACGUGGAUUUGGUGAUGGCUAUAAUGGGUAUGGAGGAGGACCUGGAGGUGGCAAUUUUGGAGGUAGCCCUGGUUAUGGAGGAGGAAGAAGAGGAUAUGGUGGUGGAGGACCUGGACAUGGCAACCAGGGUGGGGGCUACAGAGGUGGUUAUGACAACUAUGGAGGAGGAAAUUAUGGAAGUGGAAAUUACAAUGAUUUUGGAAAUUACAACCAGCAACCUUCUAACUAUGGUCCAAUGAAGAAUGGAAACGUUGGUGGUCAGGAACGUGGGGGCCCAUAUGGUGGAGGAAACUAUGGUCCUGGAGGCAGUGGUGGAAGUGGUGGUUAUGUGGGAGGAGCCGAUACUGAGCUUCUUCCUAUUUUUCAUGGCAUUGAUAUGAACCAUGGAUAAGUAUAUUCUGCUGCCACAAAGACUGUAAAGUGCUUCAUUUCAACAGCUGAGGCAAGCCAAGUGAUCAUUAUUAAAGCUUUUCUUGGUUCCUUCAGUGGUGUUGGUAGUAAAAUGGAAGGUGUCUUGCUGCAGGUAACUAAUGAAGAAGUGGUCAACCACAGUCUUCAAGAAAUAAGAAAUUCUGUACCAUCUGAAAGUAGUUUCUUGUUGGUGCCUUCAUUUAAGAAGCACUCUUUAAGAAAAGGGAAAUGCUUUCUGAUAAAAAACAAACUUCAUUUAGUACAGGUUCUUGAUAAAAUCAUUACAAAAUGAGUGUUGUUUGUAAAGCAUAGCAUCAAAUCAGCUAGAGAGAUAAAUGUAUCAUGUUUUAAAUUAGGUUUUGUGAGUAGACAGAUUAAAGUUCUAUUUUAAAUACAAAUUUUAUAAAAAUAAAUACUUUUGUAUCCAAAAAAAA